AUCCACGACCCUGCAUAGCUCUAGCGGCAGUCUUGUAAAACAUCAGCUCAGACCCCGGCGCUCGGCACCAAGGCGACGUCAUGUCCCGCCAAGUGAACAGCUGAUGGAAGGGAAGACAAAGAUGCAAGCUCCCCCCAUCUCCUCCUACCACGGUAUCCUCCUACUACAUACCAUAGCCAGUCAUGGAUUUCCUCCGCUCAAAACAGUCCGGCAUCCAGCGCGAUUUCUCGGGCAGUCUGGCUGCCGCGCCUGAUGUGUUUACUCUCGACCAGGUCGCGAAGCUCGGCCUCUCCUCGACGAUCUCCACUUUGGCCUACGACCCAGUGCAAUCCCUCCUCGCGGUGGGCACAUUCCAGAGCUCUUCCACCUCCGGCUGCGUGCACAUAUUCGGGCAGAAGCGCGUGCACGUCGUAUUCCGACUCGCACGGAAAGCGUCCGUCAAGGCGGUGCAGCUAUGCGAUUCCCGCGCGGUCGUGCUGGACUCAUCCAACGACAUCAGCAUAUUCGAUCUUGCGUCGCCAUUGGCAGCGGGCGUGGAGUACUCCCCGCCCGGAACGGUGACGACGAUGCGCACGGAGCCGGGAUUGGACUGGAUCCUACUCGGAAUGCAGACGGGAGAGGUCCUGGCGUACGAUAUCGACCGCCGCGUGGUCGCGCCGCUGAGGAUUCCGAAUCUGUGGAGGGAGCGCGCGCCGAAAGCGAGGCUGUCCCCCGUCGUGUCGCUUGCCCUGCAUCCUAAGGAUGUGGGCACCCUGCUGAUUGCAUACUCUGAGGGCGCGGUCAUCUACUCGUUCAAGCAGGCGGCCGUGAUGAGGUUCCUGGAGUUCGUGUUGCCGCCUGGCGCGCCCGGCGCGGAUACGGAGCUGGCGACGAUACGCACGCAAAGGAGGCCCGCGGUCACGCAGGCCCUCUGGCAUCCUACCGGAACGUUCGUGUGCACGGCGCAUGAGGACUCGGUGAUGGCCGUGUGGAAUCCGAAGGACGGGGCGCUGGUGCAGAGUCGGACGCUGGAGGACGCAGGCGUGCAUCUGCCCGGAAGCCUACCGGGGGCGAGCGACGGUAGCGGGAUGUCGGUGCGACAGCCGAUCUACAAGAUUGCGUGGUGCGCGACGAGUAAUCCCGACGAUACGUCGCUGCUGAUUGCGGGCGGGAAUCCGAUGACUACCAGGUCGAAGGGCCUGGCGUUGAUGGAUCUUGGCCCGACGCCGAAUAUGCUCACCUCGUCGGUACAGGUGCUCGCCGAUCACUUUGCGAAACCUAGACGGCAGAGGAUUCUGCCCAUGCCUACGGAACAUGACGUCGUCGACUUCUGUGUGAUACCCAGGACGAGCCCGCAUUAUGGCGGGGGCUACGAUCCGCUGGCGGUCAUUGCGCUGUUGGCGUCGGGCGAACUAGUGACGUUGCGAUUCCCGGACGGGCAACCGCUGUCGCCGGCGGCAUUACUGCAUCCCUCGCUUAUCCUGACGCACCCGUUCUCGACGCGCGUCGACGUUUCCGCGGUGCAGCGGCAGCGCUGGCUAGGAAUGGCGCGGCUACCGUCGCAACUGUCCCAGCCGCCACCGGAAAUGAUCGUGGGCGGGAUUGAACACCCCAAGCCGCUGCGGCGCUACGAGAACCGCACCGUCAUCCAGAGCUCGCAUCCUAACGGCACAGUGCGCAUCUGGGACUUGGGACACGGCGAUGAAAUUGAGAAUGGCGAUGUCUUGGAGAUCGAUGUGGCCCGCGUGCUGCUGCGCGCCGUAGACCUCAACGUCGAGUGCGUCUCGUUGGCGGGCAUCUCCGGUGAGACCGCGGUCGGAAUGGAAACGGGCGAGGUCGUGGUGUUUCGCUGGGCUAAGAAUACGGCUAUGGGCCGCCACCAGGAGGAGAAGAAGCCUGAGGGUGACCAAGUGAUUACAGAUGUUCGUAUGAGAGCGGAUCCGGAUGUGAAGGAGGGGUUGAUGCCCGCUUGCAUUCUCGAUCAGAAGUGCGGGGCUGUUAUCGCGCUGAAGAUGAGUGAUGUUGGCUUCUGCGCCGUGGGGUAUCAGACUGGGCAUCUGUGUGUGCUGGACAUGAGGGGACCGGCGGUAAUUUUCCAUCAGAGCUUAGGCUCGCUCAGCAAGGACAAGCGAACGGGCUUCAGGAGAUCUCACAAUCCAGCCGCGGCAACGGAGAAGGCUACGUGUCUCGAAUUUGGCGUGAUGACGCUCGAGGGCGACGAAUUCUCGUCGAUCGCUCUCUUCGUGGGCACAAACCUGGGCAGAGUCCUGACCUUCAAGCUCCUACCGCAGCAGGGCGGCGGCUUCACCUGCACCUAUGAGGGCGUGAACCACCUUGACGAUAACGCACCCAUCCUUUCCAUAACCCCCAUAAACUCCGACUCCGGCAAAAGGACAUGGGCCACCCCGCAAGCCACCGCAAACCUUCGAGAGGGCAUCAAAACCCCCGGUGUGAUCGUCUGUGCCUCGCAGAACGACGCACGGAUCUUCAAGCCAUCGCAGGCGCGCGGCGCGCACAAGACCUGGGGCGAUGAGUUCACCGUGCACGCCGCGAGCGUGUGCGAGCUCGAGGCGUACGGGAUCUGCCUCACGACCGUGACCUCCCUAGGCCUGAUCAUAAACUACACCGUCCCGGGGCUAAAACCGAUCGGCGCGCCCCUCUCCGUCAAGAGCGUACUGGAGGCCGAGCGGCUGCACCUAACAACGGUGCUGGAGAGCGGCCACAUCCUUGGCUGGAGCGGCGAGCACGAGCUCACACUGCUCUACCAGUGGGGACUGGAUAAGACCCCCGCCGCCCUCCCGCUCGACACGCUGUACAACCCCGCCACGCCCCCGCCGUCCCGCCCCACCAUCAGCAACCUCCAAUGGCUCGCCGGGACGCAGUACAUAACCACCGCAGACCUGGACCUACUAAUCGGCGGCCCAGACCGUCCCAUGUCCUUCGCGCAGCAGCAGCAGUUGCGCGAUUCGGCGGCCGCCGAGCGCGAGGCCGCUAGAAGACUGCAGGACCCCGCCUCCGCCGCCCAGGCUGGUCCCGCGGGUCAGGCAGGCGAGGGCGUCUUCGCGGGCAUGGCUAGGAAUAUGCGCGAGCGCACAGAGAAGCUGAGUUUUACUACCGACACGAUGGAUCGGCUUGAAGAGAGUAGCGCGAGCUUUGCGGAGGAUGUUAGUAAGUAUGUCAGUUCGCAGAAGAAGAAGGCGAUCCUUGGGGGGAUUACGGGGAAGUGGUUUUAGACUGGAGAUGGGGAGGAGAUGGAUGGAAUGGAUGGAAUGGGCGGUGUUGGUUUCGUUGACUUGAUACCCCUGAGAAGCUGUUAUUCAAUGAUUAGAAUGUACCAAGUGAUCGUAAU